AUGGUACAUAGAAAUGAUACUUUUAGAAAAAUAUUUCGUUAUAGAAUUGAACUUAUUGGUGUUUUUUUAAUUUUUAUUAUCAUUGUUGAUUAUCAUAUCAACAAAGUCUCAAAAGAUUUUAUAUUGUUAGAAGAUUGUAUUCCAAAUAGUGGUUCACCUAGUGGAUUUAAUAAUAAACUUACUCAUUAUAAAAAUAUAGCUGUCAUUGUUGAGUUACGAUCAGAUCCACUUCUAAUAACAAUUGUUUUAAAUGUACUUCAAAACAUACCUGAAAGUUGGCCUAUUCAAAUCUUUCAUUUUGAAUCCAAUGCUCAGUUUAUUAAUAGUUCACGAUUAUUCAAAUAUGUUAAAUUAGGAAAGAUUAUUCUAACGAAACUUCAUGAUUACAGUGGCAACUACACUGUAUUUACCAAUACAUUAUUCACAAAUAUAACAUUUUGGAAGCAAAUACGAGGUGAGAAAGUACUUUUCUUUCAACUUGAUUCAAUUAUGUGUUCCAAUUCACCACAUAAAAUAAGUGAAUAUUUAAAAUAUGAUUAUGUUGGUGCUCCUUGGAAAACUAUAUUACCUUAUGGAGGAAAUGGAGGUUUUUCACUUAGAAGUAAAAGUAAAACACUGGCUCUUCUUCGAAAUGUUCAUUAUAAUGGAAAUCAGAAUGAAGAUAUAUGGUAUUCCAUACGUUUUUCAAAUGUUGGAAAUAUGGCUCCACUAAAUGUAUCAAAAACAUUUGCUGUUGAAACAAUUUAUUAUGAUAAACCAUUAGCUGUUCAUCAACUACGAAUUGAUAAAGAAGAUCUGAAAAAACUAUGUCAUACAUGUCCAGAAGCUCGAUUAGUGCCUCCUUAUUGUAUGUGA